AUGCCGUUAUUUUAUUGGGUGACUUCCAGUGAGGAUUUUACUUGUAAUGCAUACACAUUUCUUUACGUUUUCUCCUUUUUUUUUUUUGGUUUAAUUUGGUUUCUUUGGGAAGUUUGCGUGCCGAUGUUGCGGGGGUGUUCGUGCUGUCUCAGCAGGCGAAGUCAUCCAUUCGUGGACGCCGUAAAGAUGUUGGUCUCCAGCGGUGCUGGAGGUGACGGGGCAAGCGUCAUGUCGCAUGAAAACGGGAACGAGUUUGCGGGGCCUGGAGGUGGGAAUGGGGGGAAUGGCGGCAAUGUGAUGUUGCGGUGCAGCAAAAGAAUUGCCGAUCUUUCCCACCUCAAAGAGAUGGGGAGCCAAAUCACUGCGUCGCCUGGGAGCGUUGGGUUUGCCCGUACCGCCCACGGCAAAAGGGGGAAAGAUUUACUGCUGGAACUUCCUGUUGGCACAGAGGUGGUGGAUUUGGACACAAACGAGGUGGUCUAUGACGUGGACGAGGAUGGGAUGGAGCUGCUGCUACUAGAAGGUGGACAAGGAGGGAAGGGAAAUGCGGCCUUUGCAAACAAAUGGCAUCAUUCCCCAACCGAAUCAACGCGUGGACUACCGGGAAACACAAUGCUUGUUCAGUUUGAGUUGAAGACGAUCGCAGACGUAGGGCUUAUUGGAUAUCCCAACGCAGGUAAGUCUUCUUUGCUUUCCGCCAUCAGCACGAGUAAACCAAUGAUUGCACCAUAUGUAUUUACAACACUUCGUCCAUAUGUUGGUGUAAUCCACGAUUUGUAUGGGAACACCUGCAGGGUUGCAGAUUUGCCUGGACUUAUUGAGGGGGCGUAUGAAAAUCGAGGUCUGGGGCAUCAGUUUUUGCGUCACGUUGAGCGUACACAAUCAUUAGCGUAUGUUGUGGAUAUGUCUGGAUCAUACACACCAGAGGAUAACAAAGUGCCAUCCGAGCCGUGGGAUAUCGUUGAUGCACUGCGAGGGGAGCUGGAAUACUACAUGCCUGGAUUGAGUGACAGAGCAGUUAUGGUGUUUGCUAACAAGAUGGAUCUGCAAACGGACAGUAGUGGGGCUUUGUUGACAAACAAACUGGAGGAACUUCGUAAACGGGUGAAGUUACCAGUAUUUCCCAUUUCCGCGGCACUUGGCAUCUCAUUGGGUACAUGGCACACAGAGGCUGGACUGACGCCCGCACUGCAGUUCAUGUGUGAGGAGGUUUUCCGGAAGAAGAAGCAUCAGGAGGGAAUCCGCCAUGCCCAGCGGCAAAGGGAGGCGUUCACAUUGGAAAAGAACUUUCGCGCGAAAAACUUGGGUGUUUUUGCCGUAGCCGAGGGACUUGAGGAUAGAGACGGUGAGAAUUUAUCACUUGUUGAUCAACAGCUUGACCCCUACGGCUUUAGCGGGUUGGGCGAAGACUUUGACGGCUAUCAAAACGCCGCGUCCCGCGGCAAGCUGCACGACUACCGGGAUUUAACGAUGAAAGGGCGAUACUGGUCGCUUACGCGGCAAAGAGGGGAGAAGUUGGGCGGCGAGAAGUGGCGGUGA